GAACUAAACAAGCCGCGUGAGCCUCUUUCGGAGCGCUCGGCCUGCCCAAACCACUUUGGAUAGUUACCCAGCGUCUGAUCCGGGGAGUUGAACAGUGUAUUCGCCUGCGUGUCUUCAGUCUGUCACCGUGUCUCCCUGAGAGAAGUCCACACAGACGAGCGCUCCAAAAUGUCCGAGAAGCCAGAGGCAGAUUCGGAGGGAAGCUGGUACGGAGAGGAUUUCGAGAAGAUUGAUCGGUUUGGGAGAACCAGCUCCGCCCGGCGUGAUGUCUUGGGAGAGGAGAGACAGACAAGAGACUGGGAGGACGAGUCAAGUGUGGAGAAACAGUUUUCCAGCCAUCCCGAAAGCGACCGGCAACCGCUCCCUGUUGUCAUGGAAACUGCUUCCACAGAUAAAUCAACUUCAAGCAUUCAGAAGUCCAGUGAUGACAGGGAUGACCUGUACACCUCCCUCUUGUCCAAUCAACACUAUUCCUCUCAUGAAGACACCUCUUACUUUUCUGGCAGCCUGAGCAAAUCUGCUGACAAACAUACAACCCACACUGAUGACUUCAUCUCUGGAUCCUAUUCUGUCACCUUCAGCUCAGAUUCCAGCAACAAGAUAAAAACCAGCACAGACCAAAUUGACAGCUCUCACAGCACAGAGAGAGCUUUCGGCUCUUCUUAUAACUACAUGGACAUCAGUGGUAAAGACGACUCGAGGAGCUCACAGCGUCCCCUGGAGGACUGGAGUAUGAGUGGCCUCUCAGAGCCCUCCCUGUACACCAAACUGGAGAAGAGCCCAUCACCGGUCGAAGUAGAUGCAGAUGAACUUGGCUCUGCAGGACUUCUGGACACUCAGACCUUCCCGUAUGUGGAGGAACCAUCUGAUGAAGAGCUCUCUGACUAUCAACCCUAUCGAUCUCCAGGUACCGGUAGCAGUGCCAGCCCGGUGAGGAUCACCUUGACAGAAAUACCACCCACAUCUGUAUCACCGACUACAAUCCAGCACAGCCCCACAGUUACAGUUUCCCAGAAAGAGAGUAUCCUGAGUCUGGGACUGGAGGGAAUGCCUACUGUAACCCUCUCAGAGCCGGAGGAUGACAGCCCUGAGUCAUCUACACCCCCUACAGAAGACUCUGAAUCUCCAAUGGAUCCAAACAUCCAGGCUGGUGAAACUGAAAUAAUGAACUCCAUCCCAGACAGCACUCAAGCUUCAACAAUCCCACCGGCUCAACCUGCCUCAAAGAAAGACAGUUCCCCAGUAGAAAAUAUGUCUGCCCCUAAAUCCACCUUGCCCCCUACUUCCCAGGGUUUUGAGGGUAACAGCGCCGAAUCUGGUGACUCUGAGAUUGAGCUGGUGUCUGAAGAACCAAGUCCACGAGCUCCCAGCUCUGGCUACAUGAGCUUCAGUAAGACUCCUGCCACUGCUCUACCAACCAUAGUUGCUUCCACAGCACCUGUCCCAUCUUCUACCACUGCCAUUCCCAAGAGCCUCGCCUUGCAGUAUAGCAUCUUGAGGGAGGAGCGUGAAGCAGAGCUGGACAGUGAACUGGCUCUGGAGUCCUGUGGAGAGGAAAGUCCAAAAAGAUUAACCCACGGAUCCUCAAAGCGCUACAAGGAGAUUCCACAGGCAGUCAAAAAACCCACAUCCCCAACUUCUGCAACUAAAGAACCAUUUGUUACUUCCACUACACCUUCUACGACCAUUCUGGCCCCAACCAGUGCCUCUAAAGAAAAGAUGUCCACCAUGGAAGAGAAGCCUAAACACAGCACAAUUCUAAGUCCAGGCCUUCCAGAGCUGAAGGUAGAGCAUCCUGCCGGGGAGGUGCACAAGAAAGAAAGGAGACGGUCCAGUCAAGCCCGCAGGGGCUCAGAGAAAACAUCUGCUCCACCAGCUGUCUUCCAGGGUUUCAGCAGGGAGAAAGCAAUGGAGCUGCUGUACUGGCGGGACCUGAAGAAGAGCGGGCUGGUGUUUGGCAGUUUGCUGCUGAUGCUCUUCUCCUUGACUCAGUUCAGUGUGGUUAGUGUGGUGGCUUAUCUGGCUCUGGCUUCUCUCUCCGCCACCAUCAGCUUCAGAGUCUACAAGUCCGUCCUGCAGGCUGUACAGAAAACAGACGAGGGCCAUCCCUUCAAAGUGUAUCUGGAUGUGGAGAUGUCACUGUCCCAUGAUCAGAUGCAGAAGUAUGCAGAAAACGUCCAGUAUUAUAUCAACAGCACACUGAAAGAGCUGCGCAGACUGUUCCUGGUGCAGGACCUGGUGGAUUCGCUAAAGUUUGCAGUCCUGAUGUGGUUGUUGACCUAUGUUGGAGCUCUAUUCAACGGCCUCACUCUUCUUAUUAUGGUGGUGGUGUGCAUGUUCUCAAUGCCUGUGGUCUAUGAGAAAUACCAGGCACAGAUCGAUCAGUAUGUGGACCUAAUAAGGACCCAAGUCAACUCUGUGGUAGCAAAGAUCCAGGAGAAGGUUCCUGGGACCAAACGAAAAGCUGAAUAAGCCCUACAGGGAGGAGGGAGUGAUCUGCUGACCAUCCCGUCACAGGAAAAGCUGAAUGAUUUCUCUUUGUACACACGAACACAGAUAUAUGCACGCACACACACACACACACACACACACACACACACACACACACACACACACACACACACAAACACACACCAGACACAAGACACACACAAACAUCACUGGAACAUAGUUCUACUUUGUACACAUUGUGACGUCUAGAGCAAUGGCAAAGCUGUGCAGGAGAAGUCCCAUCCAUGCCUUGUAAACAGAAAAAAGAAAUUAAGAAAAAAAGCAAAACAUGCAUUUGUCAAAACUGGAUCUAGUCAGAACUAUUCGAUGAAUUGUAGUAACUUACUAUGUAACCUAAGACUAUAUUAUUCAAAUCAGGCGAAAAGGCUAGAUGUGACUUUCUUUUUUUUUAUGUGUUGCUCAUAAAGUGCAUGAAGUCAAGAGUCUCAAGUGCUGAUGAAUUCUCUUUUUCUCUUUUUUAAAGUUUGUGUGCUUUCUCAGCUGUGCUGAAAUCUCAGUAGUUUGUAAAGGAUCUCUCCAGCUUUUUUGCUCUCCAGUGACACUCUCAUCUUGGACAAAAACAGCAACAAAAAAGCUUUUUGUGUGUAUGGUGUUGGGUGGGGCUGUUUUGCUUCCGUCACUAUAUCUGCAAACAUGAUUAACAUAACCGUCAUGUCAGCUAGACGCAUGGAUCUGCCGAGGUUCAUGAUUUCUGGGCACAAACGUAACUAUUUAGCAAUGUUCUGAUUAGAUAUGGUCAGCUCACUUGUACCAUUACAGUAUUUUCCCUUUUUGUUGUAGGACUCCGCUACAGAGAUUCAUGUUUAGGUGCUGUCAUCUUAUUUCUUUUUUGAAAAUGAUUCAAACAAAAGAGAGGGAGGAGAAGGAAGCUUCAGUGAGUGAUUGCCAGCAAGAAUCUGUCAAUCUUUGUACUCUGUAACUAAGUGUUGUUCAUUCUUUUAGCCAUUGACUCUUAACUAUUUGCACUUAAGAUGUACUCAAUACUGAAUGCUGAAAAUAAAUGUUCUUAAAUGUA